AUAGGGGAACAUUCUGAUCUCUUAUAUAAGUUAUCUAAAGAAGCAGUUAAGCAAGGGAAAACAAACAUCCAGAAGAGUAUCGACCAGAGAGAUGAGAAAAAAGAGAGUGACUCAAGUUCCUUGUCCGAAAUUGAGAGUGGAAAGGGAAGCGGUGAUUGCCUCCCAGCAUUAAAUUAUCAAAAUUCCAAUUGUGUCACGCUCGGUUCAAGGAUUGUUCGUGUUAAUGACACAACUGGCAAAAUAUCAGAUGGCACAGGAGAUGGCUCUGCGGGAUUGCUCUUCUCUUGUUUUGACAAUAUCAAUAAAACAGGAGCCACUAAAGCUGAAAAGCUGAGAAACAAGCAUUUAAAUGCAGCUGAAACCGAACACAAAUGGAUGGUUUGGCGAAACAGGAAAUUGAGUGGAGAUGCUUUAAUGGAGCUUAUGAAGAAUCAGAUUAAUCAGGAAGCCAGACCGGAAGAAAUUGUGGAAAAACUGGGCGUGGAUGCAAAAAUCCUUUCUAAGAUGUUUGAGAAAAGAAUGAGGCCAAAGACUCUCAAUCUCCAACCAGCUUCUUCGGGAGCCGGUCGGAAGAUCAAUCUGGAAAAAGAAUCUAGUGAUGAAGACACAGCCUACGAGAACGGCCGUGUGCUUAAGAUAGAGUCUCCGGUUAUAUUUGAUUUGGAAGACCUGGAUAAUGAACCCGUCCCGGUGAAACCUGCGAAGCUGAUGCAUAAAAAGCCCAAGAAGGUUCAGCGGGCUAUAAGUUUUCCGCUGAAGCCCAUCGAGAAGGUUAACAUUGAAACUGGCUUUGAUCCACUCUCCUUGUUGGCAGCUGAGAAGGGGCAAGGGAAGGAAGAGGAGGAGGAGGAGGGGGAGAAGAGGGUCUCCACCCCAUCAGCCAGGCGCGAUUUAGCGGAAGAAAUCGAGAUGUACAUGAAUAAUAUGAGUAGUCCUUUAACAAGCCGGACCCCCAGCAUCGAUUUGCAAAAGGCCUACGGCGACAAGAAUCCCAACAGAAAGAGUCCAACCUUAGGCCAGCCAUGCCGAAGAUCUAGCCUCCCUCCAAACUCACCCAGGUCAAUAACGCUCCCCAAAUCCAAGAGCUACCAGGUCAAAAAUGAAAGAGGGAGGGACCGGCUUUGGUCCUCUCCUGUGUUCUCUCCGAACAAUUUGUCAAGGGGGCAGUCUCAAGACAUGGCUGAUGCAGUAGCACUCGCCUCUCCAACCUCCUUCAACCUGGACACGCUCCUGACCCCAACCUUCGAUGUUCUGAAGAGCAGCAUGUUUUCUGCAGGAAAAGGGGUGGCGGAGAAGGCCAGCAAGUGGUAUUCAAAGUUCGCCACCUACGCGGCAGCAUCGAAGGAUCAAAACUCAGACCGAGCAAGUGUGUCGUCCCUCGGGGCCCUGGACUCGGAAUCUGCCUCUCUCACCGACGAAGACGUGUGCAACGAUCUGGAAAGCAGCUCUUCUCCUUGGGAUGAUGCGUCCUCGGCUUUCAAGCGCAUCGGCCUGAGCUCCACCAGUCUGGAAAGUGCCGCUUCUCACAACGGCUCCUCAAAGCGUUCCUCGCACUGUGGUAAGACAGAGGUGGUUCCCUCUUGCAGUCCAAGCAGCACCAGCGUCUUCCAGAAUUACGCCCUGGAGGUCCUGAUCUCCAGCUGUUCCCGAUGUCGGACCUGCGACUGCCUGGUCCAUGACGAAGAGAUCAUGGCAGGCUGGACCGCGGACGACUCCAACCUGAACACCACCUGCCCCUUCUGUGGAAACCUCUUCUUGCCUUUCCUGAAUAUUGAAAUCCGAGAUCUCCGGGGACCCGGAAGGUACUUCUUGAAGCCCAGUCCUUCUUCGGAAAACAUCCAGCUUCCGUUCCCUUUUAUGAACCAGGCCGACAAAACGUGCGUUGCUGAUCCCCUUUCAGGAUUUACUGCAACUUUAAUUCCAGCUCAAAAUGACUUGGUUUCAGAUGGGUACACAAAACAUUUGGACACCCUCUGUGCCAAGAGCAUUCAGAUCCCUUCUCAGCGAAGGCAUCCUUCAUCCAAAGACGAACCGCUUGGCCACCCCCUGUCAAGAAGCGUCAGUGCCUACAGUUCUUUAGAGAUAGAUGAAGUGGGAGUCCAUACACACAACCACGUGGUGCCCACAGGGAGCCUGCCUACAACUUUCCAGCAGAGAAUGGAGUCUUUGCAGCUGGAGUGGCAUCUACCUAGCCCGGAGCCCAUCACUGUUCCUUAUCUAAGUCCUCUCGUUGUCUGGAAAGAACUUGAGAGCUUGUUGGAAAAUGAAGGAGAUCACGUGAUCACCGUGGCAGAGUUUGUGGACCAUCAUCCCAUCGUCUUCUGGAACCUGGUGUGGUACUUCCGACGGUUGGACUUACCCAGUAGCUUGCCUGGAUUAAUUCUGUCCUCUGAACACUGCAAUAAAAAUUCCAAGAUACCCAGAAACUGCAUCUUGGAGAACAGCAAGCAUGUUCUGAUUCAGAUGUUGUGGGACAAUAUGAAACUGCACAAAGAUCCAGGACAGCCCCUCUAUAUUCUAUGGAAUGCCCAGAGUCAAAACCGUACCCUUGUGUUUGAGACUCAGAAAUACCCAGUGGUUCGUUUACUGCAAAAGGAUGACAGUUUCUUUAACCAGGAGCUCUUAAGAAACAUGGUCAAGAGUAUUAAGAUGAACGAUGUCUAUGGACCAAUGAGCCAGAUCCUAGAGAGGCUGAACAAAGGACCACAGAUCAAAAGGCAGAGGAGUCUUUAUAGAGAGAUACUAUUUCUCUCUCUCGUUGCUCUUGGAAGAGAUAAUAUCGAUAUAGAUGCUUUCGACAGAGAAUACAAGAUGGCUUACGAUCGUCUCACCACAAAUCAGGUCAAGAACACUCACAACUGUGAUCGGCCGCCUAGUACCGGAGUGAUGGAGUGUCGAAAGACGUUUGGGGAACCGUAUCUCUAAACAGAACCGGGGCGCGUCACGAGGUGCUUCUUAGGCGAACAACAACAGCAGCCGCCACAGCCGUCAGAAAGACUCCUCUUCCACUGAGAACCCCCCCUCCCC